UUUUUUUUUGCGAUCUCGUGGCCAGGCCCUGGCGUUCUUCCGGAGCCUGGCGGAAAGGUGAAAGUGAAUCCUGCACCGUUGGAACUCGUGUCCGAAUGCCAGGGAAGUCAGCCGUUCCUCUUAAAAUCGGGUAUACAUCGAACACGCGACGUGGUAGUUGUUGUUGCAUAGACACCCCGCACCUCGCGUUCACAACAGGGAGCUCGAGCCCGAGUAUUCGGAGCUUACAGCCUAGAGCGAGCUCGUGUCUCCUUUGCGGUAUCGCGGGAGCACGAACGAUACGGCAUCGCUCUGUGCACGUACGGGACCAGCAUGCUCUACUACCAUAGAGGAUAGCGUUUGCCACUACGAUCAUCGCAUGCUCGCACGUACCAUCACGGACAGUUCCGUUCCGCAACAAGAAAAAUGUCUGGGGCGGGUAAAAGGACUUACCUUCGCGAGGUAAAUCCCUAUCUCAUUUGUCCGUUGUGCAGAGGGUACCUUAUAGACGCAACCACCGUGGUCGAGUGUUUGCAUUCGUUUUGCAGAAGCUGUAUUUUGAAGCACCUGAACGCGGAAGCUCAUUGCCCGUCUUGCAAGCAUGUUCUCAACAAAGCGAAACCGAACAUCAAAGCGGACAAAGCGUUACAGGAUAUCGUGUACAAAUUGGUUCCUGGAUUGUACCACAAAGAGAUGCGCAAGAGAAGAGAGUUCUACAAAAAACAUCCGGAGCACGCCGAUUUUGCGACUCCGGAGCAACGCGGCGAAGACGUGAGCGGAAGGUUAAUUUUCGCACCGGAGGACGCGGUCAGUUUAAGUUUGGAGUACUUGCCGCCCGGAGCGGAUCCACUGACUAUUCUACUCAGCGCUUUGGACGAUGCCAACAAUUUGAGCGGGUCCAACAACCAAAUUAUCAACAAUAAUACCAACAAUCAUAGCACAAAUACGAGUAACAGACGGUACCUUCAGUGUCCGGCGCUGGUGACUAUCGCGCACUUAAAAAAAUUUUUAGCUUUGAAAUACAGCGUCGACAUGACUAGAUACACUAUUGAAAUUUGCCAUCGACGUGCUCCGCUUCCGGAACACUGGACCCUAAUGGACGUCGCCUACAUCUACGCGUGGAAAAGGAAUGCGCCGAUGCGAUUUUUUUACCGAGUAGCAUUGGAGGAGCAGACGUUAGAGGCGCCUCCGCACGACAGGCCUUCCACGCCUGGUCUGGGCGCGAGUUUACCUCCGGUCGACGUUACCGUCGCUGCACGAGAUAAUAUCAACGCGGAAAAUCCUGAGGAUAACGUGGAAUUAAAGACGGAAGUCGGACGUGCGAACAGCCACGACGACAAACAAACGUCGGACGAUCAGAGUGAAGUUCCGAGCGAAAAAGCGCGGUCUCCGAGCAGCGACCAGAAGCAAGAAACGGAAGUCAAGAACGUUGACGCGAAAGUGGAACAGCCGUCUAGCAACGUGGCAACUUCGACGACAGUUUCGGUCACCGUGACGAAUACGACGACAACGACGACCACCGCGGUCGCGUCAACUACCUCGACCAACGUGACCAGCAAGCAAAUUAAAACGCCCAUUAAGAUACUGAAGAACCCAGACGGAAGGUACGAGGUCUUGCGAACUCCAAACGCGAACUGGAACUCGAAGGAACAGAGCACCACGGGGACGGAAACGAAGUCCUCCAGUCCCGAGUUCAGCGUGGUUAGCAUUGGUAACGGGCAGAACUCGAACGGAGUCAAGAUAACCCUGAAGCAAUGCACGCCGAACAGUGUGAGCCCAAACAAGCCCAAGGUAAUCAGCAACGUGUUAUUGCACUGCGGUGGUCAAGUGGAGAAGAGAGAUUCCUCGAAUUCGUUGGUCAUACAACAAGUACAAAGAAACAGGGAAAAACAGCAGCUGGACAAGCAAGAGAAACACAGACGCAGGGUUACUUUCGUGGAUCGGUCGACACCCGAGAAAACCACGAGCAACGCGUUGAAAGCAGCGCUGAAAAAGCCGGCAGAGCUGCAGGAGAAGAAACAAUUUCUUCAAUGUUUCCAGUUAACUGCCAAAGAGACGGUACCUGAUUCACCGUUGGACUCGAAACCGUACGAUUUUAACGCUGGUUGUGAAUCGAGCGACGCGAAAAACGAUGGUAAUACCACCGCUGUAAAGAAGGAACAGGACAAUGUUAAGGUCGAGGCACCGAGCAACGCAGAAGUACAGAAAAAGAACAGCGUCGAGAAUAGCGGUGUAAACGCAGGUGGGAACACGGUGAACGUGAGUAAACGCGUUGUCGCGGCGAGCGGAAUUAGCGGCAACGCGCGAGUGAACGCGAACAAACAGUGCAGUGACGUAGACACGCGCGCGUUCAGUUAUGCAAAGACCGCGAACGCGACCACCGCGAAUAGCAAUUCCACGAAGGUUGACGUGUACACUUUCUCCAACGAUCCACCGAUACUUCCAGCAGGAGCGGUAAAGAGGAAGUGCCCGCCAGGAUUACCGAUCUUCGACAUCAAACGAAAACGACAACAGGCUCAAACGCAAACUGCGAAGAAACAAACUCCUGCCCCUACAGCUACUCCCCCUCCUCCUCCUACUCCUGCUGCUUCACCAGCUCCUAUACAAAACAACGUGAAGUCUCCGCGAAAGCUACCGACCGAGCACGUUAUUCCUGCGAAAAGGUCUGCGAACAUAAUCGGCGAAGCUGGUCCCAGUCGGGCACCCGCGACGCAAAGUUCAAAACCUUCGGUGGGCCCGAUGCUUUCGAACGACACGAGGAACAUCCUGGAUGGUUGUGGACUGAAUAUACCCGCGAGUCUGAGCAUAACCCUCACGGCGCCGAAAUCACCCGGUAACAAUGGCGGAUUCGUCGAGCCCAUCGUCUCCAAGGACAAUCGAAAGAACACGUUAGGAAAAGUGAGUCCCAGCAUCACUCUGAACGACAGGUCCGUCGAUCCGCGAGUGUUGAAAGCACUAAAGGCUGGGCAAAUAAGAAUGCCAGCGCCACCUAAACCGAGACAGACCAAGCAACCGGAACGCGAGAUGGCCCCGCAGCGACAGUCGACUCCUAGCAAACGGAAACGAGAACAGGAUUCACGGGAUAUCUUGGACCUUAGCGGGGGAAAGAAAGUGGACAUGCAUCCGUUGAGAAUACCUCAACCGGUGACAAAAUUGAAGGCGAAGUCGUCGGUACGAGACAACAUGUCGAACAUUCCGGAUCAGGGACAAGUGGUGACACUGAUGGGCGGCCAUAGGUACUAUCGAGCUCCUCCCGGUUCUUUGACGCCGGCGGCACAUCGAGUGAGCGACUGUCCGAUUCCUACACCGUCGCGUGCCCCGGUCUACGCUCCUGGACUUUCCAGUCCAAUGAGCACCAGUCGAGCGAACACGAAUCUAUCGUCCGUUUUCCCGAGCCUGCAGAGUCUCUACGCCCUGAGUCAAGCACCAAAUCUUCAACAGUUUCAAAUGGAUGCGAGAUUGAGGUUACCACGCGGAACCGACGCGAAUUCCUCCGGUAUGGCUAACACGGACAACCGACCAAUGAACUGCAACAUACCUAGCAAGAGUCAUCUAGCCGCUCAGUGUGCACCGGUAAAACCAGCCAGAUCGUCGGUCGCUUCUUUAGCGGUUCCUAUUAGUAAACAACAGCAGUCGAACGAGAGGCCCGCUUCUGCCUGUCUGAACAGGGCCCUUACGAACGAAAUGAACAAGACUUCUACGUUUCGAAAUAACGAGGCUCCGAAUUCUACCGACACUGGUCAGCAAUUGUCCGUCCAAACGAAAUAUCCGCCGGUUACAGAAAGCAACAACCGAUAUUCGCCGCGUAGCAGUACCACCAACAACACCAACAGCGAGGAUAAAACAUCGUCCACCGAGGCGGCGCGCGAUUCGAGCUUGGAAACCGCUAACGAUUCCAGAAAGGAGCCGGACAAUUCAGCGCGUCAGACACCUCAACGCGAAGCGGCCAGCCCGAGAGUGUCGUCCACGGCUUCUCCGUCGCCACCUCCCGGAGACACUAGUGCGAGUGCAAAUAACGAUAAUACUGCUAGUCGUAACAGCGAUAACGCGAACACUGCUUCGAACGGAAUCGACGACGUACCGACGACGAGUCCGUCGAAAAACAGUACAACCGUCGAAGUGUCGAGUAGUAAAUCACCCGCCAGUCCAGAUUCCAGUUCAGUAACGAUCGAAAGCCCUUCCAGCAAAAGAUGUUCGACGGUGGAACCGGAGUUCCCGUCCCCGUCGGACGGAUUAAAGUCUUCCGAAAAUUCAACAAAGACCGCGAACGGCGCGGUCGAAGUCUCGACGAACGAUAACGAGAAGAAAAUCACUUUCAAGCAGCCCGACGAUAAACAACUGACGUCGGAGAUGUUUCAGAAAAGACUGUUAGCUGCGUUCCCUUCCAACGAGUGGGCGAACAACCCUAUCGCCGCGGAACAUCUCGGCAAUUUUCUGAAAAGUCUGAACGCGUCGAUCAAGUCGGAAACGAAAUUGGAUAGUGUCGGAGCGGAGAAGAUCGAAAGUCGGCAUGCGUUGGAAGACGCGACGCGUGUAAAUAACGAGGCUACGUCGAAGUCUCAGACGGACGUUGUCGAACGAUCUUAACCACGCGAACUGCUCUGCAGAUGGAUAAGUUGCUUUGUCUUCGAGCAAAGACGAAAGAUACAUCACUGCCAAUGUAAUGUUAAUGAAUGACUUUUAGCAUGGAUGUGUAACGAUUUUCAUCGUCUAUUUAGGACGCUUUAAAACAUUAUGCGCACGGUGUCCCGUAACGGACGGCGUGGCUGGAACGGAAGGUGUAAUUUUAGGAAAAUUACUACCUUUUUGUCGAUUAUACCGCCUACUGCGGGACACCUUGCGCAGAUUUACGGUGUACGCGCGCCGCGAAAUACAGGGAGAUAACAGCGUCAACGCUGGAAAUUUUAUUUUUUCAAAUUUUUUAAUGACACGCAACCUUCGAGAAGUUUUAAUCUACGCAUAGUUGCUUCAUCGAGUUACCAACGUUUACGCAACGUUCCAAGUCUUGCUCGAUUUUGCAAUAGAAAAGGAAUCCGAAGAAUCGUCUUAGAUGUCGAAACCAAGACGUGAUAUUCAAUAUGCGAAUACUUUCGUAUGAUUCUGUUAUUUGUCGCGCGAAAACUGUUCCUAUCUCGGUCCACUGUAACUAUGUAAAAGCGGAAUGUUUCUUGAAGUACCUCGCAUUGUAUUAUAGUCGAGUUGGCUUCAAACGGCCACUUGAUUUUAUUCCAUUUACAGAAUUCGCCAUCAUGAUUCAUUUGAUCUUUUAUAAUCGACAUUUAAAUACCGUAACCUCAAAUAUAAACACAAAGUCGAUGAAAUAACAUAGGGAAAAAUUUGUAAUGAUACAAAAUCUGCUUUUCAAGACGUCUACGGUUAAUUUAUAACUUGUACGUAAGAAAGAAACACGGGGACCGAAAUCGAAAGAGAAAAUACUUUUUAACACAUUCACAGUCACUGACAUAAAUUUACAUCAUUUUUAAAUCUAUAGCUGAUGGUUACUGACAUAAUUUUAUAUUUAUAAAAAGAUUAAUGAUUUUAUGGUUCACA